GGGAGUAAUAGGAGUCUUUGAUGCUGGCCAAAUGUUUGGAGAACUGGGAAAGAGCUCAGAAAGGAAUAUCCAACAGCUUGGCAUCAGGUUCCUUAGAAAGAGAGCUUGGACGGCAUGCAAAGUUGUGAAAUAUCUGGAGACAGCACGGAUGAUCCUCUUAGUAGUGGCCUACGGAGAAAACGACAGCCUCGAAUAGUAGUUAUUGGUGCUGGGCUUGCAGGCCUGUCUGCAGCAAAAGCGCUCUUGGAAAGUGGUUUCACGGAUGUAACUAUCCUUGAGGCGACUGAUCGAAUUGGAGGCCGCGUCCAAAGUGUGAAACUUGGGCACGCCACUUUUGAACUGGGAGCUACGUGGAUUCAUGGUUCACAUGGAAACCCAGUCUAUCAUCUAGCAGAAGACAAUGGUUUACUUGAAGAGACUACUGAUGGUGAGAGAAGCGUUGGCCGGAUCAGUCUUUACUCCAAGAAUGGGGUGGCUUAUCAUCUUACCAACAAUGGGCAAAGGAUCCCAAAAGAUGUGGUUGAAGAAUUCAGUGAUUUAUACAACGAGGUCUAUAACCUGACUCAGGAGUUCUUCCAACGAGGUAAACCAGUCAAUGCUGAGAGCCAGAACAGUGUGGGUGUCUUCACACGGGACGUAGUCCGGAAACGUGUCAAGGCUGAUCCAGAUGACACAGAGGCUGUCAAGAGGUUGAAACUAGCCAUGAUCCAGCAGUACCUUAAGGUAGAGAGUUGUGAGAGCAGCUCCCACAGCAUGGAUGAGGUCUCGCUCAGCGAAUUUGGGGAAUGGACGGAGAUCCCUGGUGCUCAUCACAUCAUUCCAUGUGGUUUCAUUAAAAUCGUGGAGAUUUUAGCCCGUUCCAUUCCUGAAUCUGUCAUUCAGCUCCGCAAGCCGGUCAAAUGCAUCCACUGGAACCAGUCGGUCAGCAAGGAGAUUGAGAGAGUGGCUGACCACAACAGUGACCUCCCUGAGGAGGACAAGGGCUCCAAUGUCUUCGUGGAGUGCGAGGACUGUGAGUUUAUCCCAGCUGACCACGUCAUUGUGACUGUGUCCCUGGGAGUCUUGAAGAAACGCCACGAGAGCCUGUUCCAUCCCCGCUUGCCCGAGGAGAAGGUGAUGGCCAUUGAGAAACUGGGGAUCAAUACCACUGACAAGAUUUUCCUUGAGUUCGAAGAGCCCUUCUGGAGUUCUGAAUGCAACAGCAUCCAAUUUGUCUGGGAAGAUGAGGCGGAGAGCGAGAGCUUGACUUACCCCGAGGAGCUGUGGUACAAGAAGAUCUGCAGCUUCGAUGUACUCUACCCACCUGAGCGGUACGGCCAUGUGCUGAGUGGCUGGAUCUGUGGAGAAGAGGCUUUGAUCAUGGAGAAGUGCGAUGAUGAAACUGUGGCUGAAACCUGCACCGAAAUGCUACGGAAAUUUACAGGGAAUCCAAACAUUCCAAAACCUCGUCGGAUCCUGCGGUCCUCCUGGGGCAGCAAUCCCAAUUUCCGUGGAUCCUACUCCUAUACCCAAGUUGGGUCUAGCGGGGCCGAUGUGGAGAAACUUGCUAAGCCACUGCCUUAUGCUGAGAGCUCCAAAACUACUCCGAUGCAGGUGAUGUUUUCAGGGGAGGCCACUCACAGGAAGUAUUAUUCCACUACCCACGGUGCUGUGCUUUCUGGGCAGAGAGAGGCUGCUCACCUCAUUGAGAUGUACCAGGACCUCCUGCAGUGCCGGAGCUAAAAGGCCCCGUGUUUGCAACCACCACCAACUCCCCAUUCAUUUUCCAGGUGUGUGGAGGAGAUUCCUUUUUUUUUUUAAUUUUUAUUUUUUAUUUCAAUUCGCAGUAGAACAGCCUUUAUCUUUUCCUAUUAAAAACAGAAAAAAGAAAAAAAAAAAUGCCCUGUUUUAAAAGCCUGGUCAUCAAUAGCUUCAUUUCUAUGUGCUGUAUUGUUAACAGGGAAGGGUGCUCUUUUUGUCUGUUGAACUGUUGUCAUUUUAAUUCUAACUGCAUUUUCAGUGCCUAUCAUUUUUUUUUUUCCUUUCUGUAUUGUAAGUGCCUUCUAUACUAAAAUAAAUGUUGUAAUAAAAAGACUGCAUGAUCCGGUA